CUGCUACUAAAGACGACGAGUUGGCGGCUUCUGUAGCUGCCGUCGAUCUCAAUGACCAGAAUGCCGAGAAGACCCAGAUCCCACAAGCCAGCACUACGGACACUGCGGACACCGGGGACAGUAUGACUGCUGCCAUAGAGGCUCCAGCUGCUGUACCUCCUCAAGGUGAAGGCGACGAUGAAUUUGGUGAACCCGUCGAUCUUCCACCACUAGAACCCAAGAAGAGGAAAACGAGGAGGAAAAAGCCAGCCUCUCAACGAGGAGCAGUAAGAAUACACUUCUCUCUAUGCCGUGACCUCCAAGACGAGAACUUCACAGGCCUCGAGUCUGACUACCACCUCAGGACAAACCCACUGGCUUCGAGGACUUUUUUGCAGACUCACCCAUGACCCCAGACCAGUACGCCCAAAACAAAGAACUCUACAAUCCAUCCAUACCUUUCGUCGACCGAAUCAUCACCGCAGUAGGCCGCUUCGAACGGACACGCAAACUCACCUCCGAACGUCGCGACGUGCUCUUCAAAUGGCUCGUUUUUGGCGGCGUCGAAAUUGGGCCCAGAGCAUACCAGGGCGCCCCGGACACUGAAAGCCUCGAUAACGCUGAAACCGCCGCGGUUCUCUCCCAAGCCUCGGCCAACAAGGACAAGUACGACGUCUCCUCCCCGACGAGCUUGUACGAUGUCGACUUCCAGGGCGUCAUGCACAGCUUCCUCAGCCGUCGAGCUCGAGCCAUCUACGGCUUCGAUACCCCCGACCAAGUGUCCACACUGACCACAACACUCGAGCGCUUCAUGGACUAUCUCCUCCAGCACGAUGUGUGUCCCGAAUACCACCCCGAAGUCCUCGCCACCCGCAACUUUUGUCGCUCCGUGGGCCCGGAGCUGUGGCACGCCGCCGAGGCCCUACGCCAUCUCCCGGGCGAUUUCAACAUCGCGUGCUCGACCCUGUCUGGGGGCUACUACGCCGAACACUACGACGGGCUCACGGACUGGGAGACGGAACCGGACCCUCAACAGCAGGCCGUCUUCGUGGGGAUGAAGCCCGAAGAGGCCCAACAGGUCAUGUCGUUUGGCGUGGCCGGCGCCGCCGAGGAGUCUGUCUACAAGGCCUACCUGGACGCCGUUAGAACCGGUAGUCCAGUGGCCGUGACCGACGUCGAAGAGAUCGCCGGCUUCGAAAUCACCAGGAUCGUCCCUCCCACACCAGACUGCAAGGCCAUCUACACCCAAACGACGUCCAACUUUCGCCCUGUCGGCCGCGUGUACGCCAAGGCCUGGACGAACCCAGACUCGCAACCCGAAGAUCUCACCGACGAAGAGAAACGAGCUUUGUAUGUGUCAUCGACAAGCCCAAACAACACUGUCAAGCCAAAGGAAUACGUCUUUUUCCUCGAGGAGAUCCUCCAGACCUACCUCCGCGUCGGGACCAAGAUUGAAGCCACAAUCUACAUGUUGAGCUGCGGCAUCAUGUUCUUCGAUAAUGUCGUGAACUUGUUUCCCUCGUUUGACGAAUUUAUCGCUAACGAACUUAUGCUGGAUUGGGUCACACCACGCCCGAGAAAGGGCGCCUUUGACUAUGUCGCAACGGAGGAUGACGACGACGAUGUCGAUGUUGACGGGACAGAAGAGCGUCUGGGUACUACUAGUGAUGGAGGCGUUGGUGGUGGUCAUCAUCAUAAUGACGAUGAUGACAAGGCGGCAGAGUGAUGAGUUUCUCUACUGUCUUGUUGAUAUUGCAUGAUUGCAAGAUCCCUUCAAUGCGUGCCCAAAGUAUUUGCCUACGUACCCACGAUAAGUGCAGACCUACCUACCUCACCUACCUGGUAGGCAGUUGGUUACUUG